AUGAGAGAGCAUAAGUUGCGUUAUGCGCUAUACUUUUUUAAGCGAGCACAAGAAACAGCACAGAAACGAGCUCUAAAUUUCAGCUUUGGAUCACGAGUAUCUUCUGAAUUCAUGAGAGAAUGGGCAACUGCUGUCUAUGAUUCGGAUGCAUUGGUUUGUGCAAGUUACGUUGAAGACAUGAGCAACAUUAAUCAGGAGGAACUAGCAGAAAUAAUGUUGGUCGAUGGUUGCUUCAUAUUGGAACUUCUCAUCAGGUUUUACCUAUACAUGGACAGGAAGUUAGAAGGCCAUGAACCUGAUCCAAUUCUAGAAAGUGCUUGGAUGAUCGCAGAUAUACGUCAUGAUCUGGCAUUGCUUGAAAACCAAAUCCCCUUAUGUAUUAUACUUGAUUUGUAUGAUGCUAUUAGUGGUCAUCAGACACUUAUCGACAAUGAUUUGCCUCCGCCAUAUUGUCUUGCUCUUCACUUCUUUCAACCAGUGAGCCUCAAGGGAAGCAUAGUAACAGAGCGGAGACAUGACUCCCAAGAUUACAAGCACUUGCUGGAUAUCUUGCACAAGUUCUAUUUCCUCCCAACCAAAACUACUGACUUGUCUAUGAGGCUCAAUGUGGAUUUGAUCCCUGAGGAGCAGCGUCUUAGGGCAAUCCAAAAGAAUAAAGUAUGGGGAUUCAAUUAUAGUGCUUCUGAACUUUUGGAGUCUGGAGUCGAGUUUGACAUUGGCUCCAAGCAGGGCCAGUUGCUGGACAUAACUUUCAGUGAGGGAAAAAUCAGAAUUCCACCACUGAUUAUUCAAGAAACAACGAGUUCAUUGUUGAUGAACCUGAUUGCUUAA